CGGGACCUCGGCGGGGAGCGGACGCCAUGGAGGGCGGCGGAGGAAGCGGCAACAAGACCACGGGGGGCCUGGCCGGCUUUUUCGGAGCGGGCGGCGCGGGGUACUCGCACGCGGACUUGGCCGGCGUCCCGCUAACUGGUAUGAACCCUCUGUCUCCUUAUUUAAACGUGGAUCCACGGUAUCUUGUACAGGAUACAGACGAGUUUAUUUUACCAACUGGAGCUAAUAAGACGCGGGGCAGAUUCGAGCUGGCCUUUUUCACCAUUGGAGGAUGUUGCAUGACAGGGGCUGCAUUUGGGGCCUUGAACGGUCUUCGGCUAGGAUUGAAGGAAACCCAGAACAUGGCCUGGUCCAAGCCCAGAAACGUACAGAUCCUGAAUAUGGUGACAAGGCAAGGAGCACUUUGGGCUAAUACUCUGGGAUCGCUGGCUUUGCUCUACAGCGCGUUUGGUGUCGUCAUUGAGAAAACACGAGGGGCAGAAGACGACCUCAACACGGUAGCGGCCGGAACCAUGACGGGCAUGUUGUACAAAUGCACAGGUGGUCUCCGAGGGGUAGCACGAGGUGGUCUGGCAGGACUCACCCUUACCAGUCUCUAUGCACUGUAUAACAACUGGGAGCACAUGAAAGGCUCCUUGCUCCAGCAGUCGCUCUGAAGACACGGCCAACUCCGAGGAGGACACCUCAGUCAUCAAUCUCGAGCUGUUUUGACUUCUGCCUACAAUUAUUUUUUAAAAAUUGGAGAUUUUGAUUUGCUGCAAUCAAGAUCAUGGAUGGCUCACCAAGACUGACACGCCUCCUUGCCCUUAGUUGAAGCCAAAACCCCGCGGUGGGUGUGGCCAAGUGAUGUUGGGUGUUUUCCUCCUUUGGAGAAGACGUUGCACCUAGCCUCUCUUCCCCUUCACCUGGAAAACCACUUACUCCCAGAAUUCAGGUCCUGAUUGCUUGUAAUGCUGUACUAAGUUUGUUCACUUGAGGGAGCCGAAACUUCAUAAUGCCCUAGACCCCAAAUAGAGGGUGAAAACAGGACCAAAGGUAGCAGCUUCACCAGUGGGUGUUUCCAUUUUAAACCAUGUAUCUGACUGUAAUGUGAAAGUUACUCUUGGCUUUACUCCCUCUGCAGACUAAAACAUUUUUCUUUCUUUCUUGUGGUGAAAUGAAG